CCCACCCCACCUAAACAACCCACCAAACAACCUACACCACCACCCCCACCACCCCCACCACAGAAAGAACCCACCCAACCAAAACAACAACAACACACACCACCACCAGAACAUCCCACCUCUCCACCACAACAACAACAACACACACCACCACCAGAACAUCCCACCUCUCCACCACAACAUCACACCCCUCCACCACCACCACAAAAUCCCACUCCACCACAGAACAACCAAACUGAUGAGCCUAACAAUCAAGCACCACCUGAUCAAGCUCAGCCAGUGAAAAAGAAGGGGGGCAGAGCUAGACCUGAGGGGUUUAGGGUUAACAAAGUCACUGCUAAGAAGGCUGGAACUUGGGUUUCCAAGGGAAAGGGAAAAGGGAGAAAGGGUACAGGAAGGUCUAAGACACCAGGGGUUUUUGCUGAUGUUGGUGAGAUAUGUUCAGAAGAGGAGAGUGAGGAUUCUGAUUAUGAGGAAUCAGAUUCUGAACAAGAGGAUGUUCUGAAUGAUUGGAUUGAUUCUGAUGUUGAUGAUGAGGUGAUUCCUGAUGAUAUUCCUGAUUUGGGGUUUGAGGAUUGUCUAAAUGGUUCCUCAAAGAUGGAUAAGGCCUAUAAAAAUGGCAAAAUAUGGACUGAUCAACCAUAUGGGUCCAUUAAGUUAGAACCCUGGUUGAUCUUUCAUGAUAAGGCCACAUUUCUUGAAGUGUUGAGAAGUUACUGCAUACAGGAGGGGUUUGGGCUUAGUGUUGAGAGGGCUGAUAAUAGGAGGUACACAGCAGUGUGUGCAGUGGAGUCAUGUGACUGGAGGAUACAUGCCAGUAGGUUGUUUGACAAUGUUAGCUGGGCCAUUAAGGUGAUCAGUGGGUCCCACAGAACUUGUGGGAGGCUUGAGGAGAAUCCAGUAGUGACCUCUGAGUGGUUGUGUAAGCAUAUGUUGGGGGAAAUAGAGGCAAAUCCAGAGAUUCCAGUGGAGACAUUGAGGAGGUAUGCACAGGAGAAGUUUCAGUUGAGGGUGAAAAAGAGGCUAUUGUACAAGGUCAGGAGUAUGGCAAAGGGAAAGCUGCAUGGUGGUUGGGCUGAAGCAUAUGAGCUGUUGCCUAGAUAUGCUGAGAUGAUUAAGCAAACAAACCCAGGGAGUCAUGCACUUAUAACAUGGGGGGCCAGUAGUGGGGAUGUGAACCCAAAAUUCAGAGCUUGCUUCUUCUCAUUUGCUGCACAAGUCAGGGGGUUUCUAAGGGGUUGUAGGCCCAUAAUUGGAAUAGAUGGGGCUCAUUUAAGUGGUUUCUACAAGGGCAUUCUACUGACAGCAGUUGACAUAGAUGGGAAUAAUGAAAUUUUUGUUCUUGCCUAUGGGAUAGUAGACACUGAGAGUUGUGACAGUUGGACCUACUUCAUGAGAUGUUUGAGGCAAAUGUUUGAGCAGGAGGGUUGCAACAGAGAUGAUUGGACCUUCAUCAGUGAUAGGAUGAAGGGUGUUGAGUUGGCAGUUAGAGAAACUUUUCCUAGAGCAACUAGGAGAGUUUGCUGCCAACACCUAUACAUGAAUUGUAAGAACAAUGGCUUCAGUGGAUCUGCAUUCCACAAGCUAUUUUGGAUAGCUGCUAAUGCAUACAAUGAGUAUGUGUUUGGUAAGGCCAUGGAAAAGAUCAGUGAGUACAAUGCAAAUGCCACUGCAUACUUGAACAGCUGCAUUGAGCAGUGGUCUAGGCAUAAGUUUGACUCUACUGUUUGUUGUGAUCACAACACAACAAACUUUGUGGAGUCAUUCAAUGCAUGCACAAAGCCCUUCAGAGACAUGCCUGUCUUCUCAUGGAAGAGGGUGGGGGCUAGAUUUGACAAGGCAGUUGACAUGGAGGAAGGUCAGCUCACUGCAUAUGCAUUGAAAGAGUUAGAGGAGAGGACAGCUGAGUCCAGGUUAUGUUAUGCCACAGCAUGUGGAGGGGGUGAAUUUGAGGUUAGGGAUGGACAUGUCAACUUCCCAAUUAGGCUUGCAACAAGAAGUUGUGCCUGUGGGAAGUGGCAGAUCUGUGGAAUCCCCUGCAAGCAUGCACUGAGGGUCAUAUAUGACCAAAGGAUGAACCCCCAUGAUUUCAUAUCCCCAUGGUUCAAGGCUGCUGCAUACAAGCUAACCUAUGCAGAACAUAUUCAUCCUAUGGCAGAUCCAUCUCAGUGGCCUGACUUUGGCCUUCCUUCCAUUCAGCCUCCAACCAUCAAAAGACCAUCUGGCAGACCUGCUAAGAAGAGAAAGAGAGGGGAAAAUGAACCAAAGAAAGGGAAGAGGAACACAAAUGUGAAAUGUGGAAAGUGUAGAGAGUUUGGUCACAACUCAAGAACAUGCAAGAGUGGAGGAACAAGUGCCACUGGACCAAGUACUUCAAAGAGUGGUGCAGCAGGAGCAAGUACAUCAAAUGGGGGACCAAACACAAGGAAGAGGUCAAAGGCAGCUGCAUAG